AUGGCGUCAGAAAUCGGUCAGUAUAUCGUCGUGUAUGUUUUCUACUUUAAUCCGGAAAGGAACACUCUCCAACGUGUAGAAAUCAAAGGUGUUGGAGCUGACGGAGAAGCAUUUGAAACUGACUGUAAAGUUUACGCCUUUGUAGACCAUGUAGAGGAUAUAAGUGUUAAAACUCAAUUCCAGCCUUACAAAGGGGAUGAGGAUGAGGAUGAGGAUGAGGAUGAAGACGGAUAUGAAGAGAGAUAUGAAUAUGGAUAUGAUGAAUAUAGAUAUGAAGACGGAUAUGAAGAGGGAUAUGAAUAUGGAUAUGAAUGUGAAUAUCAGUACGGAUAUGAAGACGGAUAUGUAGAGGGAUAUAAAUAUGGAUAUGAAGACGGAUAUGUAGAGGGAUAUGAAUUUGGAGAUGAAGACGGAUAUGUAGAGGGAUAUGAAUUUGGAGAUGAAGACGGAUAUGGUCAAUAUGGAUAUGAAGAGAGAUAUCGAGAGGGAUAUCAAGACGGAUAUGAAGAUGAUGAAGAAGAAAAAGAGUUAGAGAGGCAUGAGGAGAGCUGA